CGACGCUUUCCAAUAGCUUAGAAUCGCGUGGCGCCACCCAGACUUAUCCGGAACGCCACGUUCGAGUGCCCGCCACUGUACACCUUGCCAGUCAACCUUCUGGAACAGAUUCGUUCCGCUUCGCUGGUCACCUGUCUAUUUCUACUGCUUCUUCAACCUUCUUCCCCAUCUUCUUCCUCCAUUUGAGCAGUUUCUUCUAGUUCACACUCCAAGAAGCCGAAACAGAAGCAGGUAUUUUCUGAUUUGGGUGAUGGGGGAAGAAGCAGGCUUGGAUGCUGAAGUGAUCAGGCGCCUCAAUGGAAGCAGCAAUGAUCAGAGUCUUGAACUUGACAUAUACCCUUUGAACGGCUACUACUUUGGCUCCAAAAAUGCCAUUCCCUUCAAGGACGAGACCUUGGCUGAUCGUCUUCAGAGAAUGAAAUCUAACUAUGCUGCUCAUGGGAUACGAAAUUGUCUAGAAGCAGUCAUGCUGGUUGAGUUGUUCAAACAUCCACAUUUGUUGCUGCUGCAAGUAAGAAAUUCCAUCUUUAAACUCCCUGGAGGUCGCCUAAGACCUGGCGAAUCAGAUAUUGAUGGAUUAAAGCGUAAGCUGGCAAGGAAGCUUUAUGUUGGUGAAGAUGGGGCUGGGGCUGAAUGGGAGGUGGGCGAAUGCCUUGGAAUGUGGUGGAGACCUGAUUUUGAAACUUUACUGUAUCCCUACUUGCCACCUAACGUAAAGAGUCCAAAGGAGUGCACGAAACUGUACCUUGUGAAGCUACCAGAGUCGCGAAAGUUCAUUGUUCCUAAGAAUCACAAGCUGCUAGCUGUUCCAUUGUGCCAAAUUCAUGAAAAUAACAAGACAUAUGGGACAAUUAUAUCAGGGGUCCCCCAGCUGCUGUCAAAAUUCUCUUUCAACAUGAUCGAGUCUUGAAUGAAACACCUGCCUGACUAGUGACAGCUUCCUUGCUCAUUUGGUUCUGUGCAAGUGCUUGUAUAUAGAUUAUGCUGUGUAUCAUUCUAGAGUGAUGAUAUUGUAAGUUGGGGAAAAAAAAAACAGAUUCGUAUAUGGCACUUAGUCCAUGGUUUGAGAGUAUAUUGUUACCCUCUUAAAUGGAGUUGCGAGCAUAUGAAUGGAGCAAGUCCAGGAUCACCUUACUCAGGCUGUUCACAGGAUGUUCCUAUGAUUUUUUUGUUCCAUCAGGAUCUCAGCAUUAUUUUGUCUAGUCUCUUAAAAUCCUAUCUUCUUUUUUUUAAACUGAGCUGAUACAAACAUGAAUACCUUGCUUGUUCUUAUUGUUAUUUCUAUCUAUUUUGCCUUAAUGAUAAUACGUGGCAGGAAAUGGCAUUUUGUUAA